AGGACUCAAGAUCUGAAGUCUGACUGUCUGGGUUCCACCCCGGCUCUUCUACUUUCUGCAUGACUGUGGGAGUUGCAGAAAAACCCUGCAGACAGAGACACACCCUCUUGGAAACAAAGCUGCCCUGAAAGUGGGAGGAGACCGGAACUGGAGGUGCCUGUCCUCCUGGGGGUAGGAGUCAGCUAACAGCCAUCCAAGGUGAGCAGAAAGGCAUCCACUCAGCACCGGAGAGAUCAGAGACAAGUCCAGAGCCCUGCUUGCCUGUGAUCGUGCUGGGGAAGGCGGAGUAAGGAGAGCCGCUUGCCCAGGACAACCAGGCAGCACGUCUGUGGCGGUGUGCUCCACCCCCUCCUCCUCUGUGCAUGCCAGCUCCUGCCGAAACAGCUGGGCUUGCUGUUUGGAUUUCUUAGAAUCCCAGCCUCAGAGACGCCUUCUAAGGACAAGCAGACCUCACGUUGGAAACUUUACUACUGUCCACAUCUUGGCAGGCUUUGCCUACUCUGGACUACUUGUUGCAACAGUUGUUAGGAAGCACGAUUGUCUCCUACUUCAGUAUCUGUCUGUGAGAGCCACUGAGGCCCCCAUCCUGACAGUCCUAAAGAGCCUGACCCCAGAAGCAUCUAGGAGGAGAAUCGAGAGAAAACUUAAAAUUUUCAAUAUUCAAAAAUACCUGCUGUGGUGGUUGAUGUAGAAAACACCGAGUUCACUAAAGAGCUUUGCAAUUGUUGGAUCAGGGAAUACCUUUGCCACAGGACCUGAUGUGUUUUGUCUUUCUGGCCUAGCCAGGGAGGGGUUGGUAAGUAUUUGGGGCAUGGAGGGAAUGCAUUUGUAGGCCAUUUUACUUGUAUCUGACUCACCCCUGACUCUCCAGUGAAGUGGAAAGGAGGAAUCAUCACACUACCCAGGUGCGGCCAGACUUCAACCAUUAUUGUGAAUCUUGGAGAGUCACUGCAAUCCCUUCCCAAAUACACAUUCAGUCCUGUGGCUCGACUAAACCUUUUGGCUAACGUCUAGGCACAUCAUAAAGAAACCUGUGGAAGAGGAGACACAAUGAGGCGGGAAGAGGAGGAAGAGAAGGGAACCAGGAUGAAGGCCAAAGGGGACUUAGAGAUGAAGGAGGAGGAAGAGAUCAGUGAGACGGGAGAACCGGUUGGCCGUUUGGCGAGUGCCAUGCCUACCCCGAUGUCCCACAACAAGGGGACUCGGUUUUCUGAGGCGUGGGAGUAUUUCCACCUGGCCCCUGCUCGUGCAGGGCACCACCCCAACCAGUAUGCCACCUGCCGCCUGUGUGGCAGGCAGGUGAGUCGCGGCCCUGGGGUCAACGUGGGCACCACGGCCCUGUGGAAACAUCUGAAAAGCAUGCACAGAGAGGAGCUGGAGAAGAGUGGCCAUGGUCAGGCGGGGCUGCGCCAGGACCCCAGGCCCCACGGGCCCCCACCUGCUGUGGGCAUUGAGGGCGACUGGGGCAGGCUCCUGGAGCAGGUGGGCGCCCUGGCUCUGUGGGCCAGCCAGCGGGAGAAGGAGGUGCUCAGGAGGGAGAGGGCUGUGGAAUGGAGGGAGAGGGCAGUGGAAAGGCGAGAGCGGGCCCUGGAGGAGGUGGAACGAGCCAUCCUGGAGAUGAAGUGGAAGGCCAAGGCUGAGAAGGAGGCGUGCCAGCAGGAGGAGGACCUGCCUGCAGCGGCGCACCCCUUCCACUUCGUUUAAAUCAGGAUUGGGGGAAAAUCCAUUCUGACAAUACCGAGUUUAAACUCAUAGCAAAGAGCCAUUUUAGUUCCAGCUUAGCUGUAAAGCAAAGUAGCUUAGUGACAUUUUGUUUAUAUGCAAAAGAGUACCCAGUAUGUGUUAAUCUCAGCAGAUCUGAAUUCAACAAAUGCUCAUAUAUGGGGUUUUUAGAGCUGCGCUAACCCUUGGCCAAAAAUUUAAAAUGUACCGACUAAAGAUAAAUGCUGUUUUGCCACCAUGUGUCUGUGAGUUGUUUCAGGGUAGAAUGUACCAGCCUGUCAGUGUUGUUUAGUGAAAAUAAUUGGAUUUAUGCCUCGCACUUGGUUUGGGUGGAGCUGAACGUUCUGAGGGCUGAGGCUAGUCAGGUGGUUGGCAUGUGCCCAUGUGACCAGCUCACUCUCAGAGAUCUCCUCACAAACAGAGCUCAGCUUCCUGGGCCUAUGAGGUGUUUGCAUGUGUACUGGUGGUGCCUGGAGACCAGGAUACAAAGCUUGUUCUGUGUGGUCCAGCAGUGGAAAGGCAAAGAAGCUUGAGCCUGAGAUCUCCGGACCCUUCCAAUGCAUGUCUUUCUCCUGUUGUUGCAUUG